AUGAUACUCACGCGUCUCUUCCCCGCGGCGGGGUUUCUUACACUUUCUCUGCCUUUGAUUCGAGCUCAGACCGAGCCCUUCAUCCCCUUCAACACCUUUAUCCAAGGCGUUCAAAGCGCUACAUACGCACAGUGGAACAGUACGGCUGUAGAAAGCUCUGCAGCCUUUGACACGAUCAAGGCCCAUAUCCUCUCCAUGUACAAUGGUAUUGGAAACAUCAGCAACACCUUCGUUCUCGACGUCGAGUACGCUGACUGCGUCGAUAUAUACAAGCAGCCCACUGUCCGCCUUCUUGGCGUUGACGGUAUCCAGAGUGCUCCAUCCAAUGGCUCACACCCCGAUUUUUCCGAAGGCGAUGGUCAUACUUUUAACUACACCGACUCUCCAUUGAAGCUCGGUCUCACCGAUCGCUUCGGGAAUCGCAUUUCUUGCCCUGACAAGACAAUCCCACUUGGCCGCUUGACCUUACAGAAAUUAACUAGGCUCCCUAAUCUCCAGGCAUUUUUUGCCAAAUCACAGGACGGUUCUGCGUUACCAUCUCUCCCCUCGAAGGGUGUUGGCCGACGCCGCCAAGCAGAACUCACUCGGCGUGCCGGAGAGCCGCAUUUACAUGCUGUUGGUUAUCAGUACAUCACGAAUUUUGGGGGAAAUUCUUGGUUGGAUCUCUGGAAUCCCAUAGGCGAUUUCUCCCUCUCACAGCAAUGGUAUGUGGGAGGGUCAGGCGGCAACACGCAGACCGUCGAAGGGGGCUGGAUUGUCUACGAGCAAAAGUUCAACACCAAGAAUGCGGUCUUGUUCAUCUUCUACACCGCCGAUAACUACGUCUCGCAAAAAUGCUGGAAUCACGACUGCCCUGCCUUUGUCCAAACUAAUAAUAACUGGUUCUUGGGAGGGCCUUGGAAUCAUUAUAGCGUCAGUGGUGGAGCACAGUGGGGAUUCGAGAUGCAGUGGAAGUUGUACAAGGGGAAUUGGUGGCUAUUCCUCAAGGGGCCGGGUAGCUACGAAGCUGUGGGAUAUUACCCGGCCAAAAUUUUCAACGGUGGACAACUUUCUAAGAACGCCGAGAUCGUCGAAUAUGGCGGAGAGGUGACGAGGUUUGAUCCUUCGCACAACUGGCCCCAGAUGGGAAGUGGCGCUCUCCCGUCGGCUGGGUGGACCAGGGCCGCCUUCCAGCGGUCGAUCUUCUAUAUUCCGAAGGACGAAAGUGGUGGUGUUGGUGUUUGGACGGACCUUUCCACGGUGGUUGAGGCUACUUUGGACAUUAGUUGA